CACUCUGAGAGACCUCAAACAUCCAACAGCCAUCACCUAAAACGAUGGCUGGUUGGCAGUCUUUCGUUCAAAAUUGUAUUUUGUGUGUGAUUUGCUCCGCUACAGCGGAACUCGUACAACAGUCGACGCUAUGACACCAUACGCCACGCUUAAAUAACCGGCAAAAUGUCCCACAAUUUUAAUUAGCCACCAUCGUCAAUUCGAAGUGAAAGAAUUAUCCGAGAUUUAAGCGAAUAUUCAACUCGUUAUCGUUCUCGUUCUCAUUUAAUAAUCCGAGAGUGGGGCAUAUCGUAAAAAGUGAAUUUGUCAUCCGAUUUAUGUCGACUGCGCGGCAGAGAAUAGAAAAGACCGGAAUAAAAAUAAACGUACCACUAAUGUCACAGUCACACCCAUCGACACAGUCGUGGAUAGCCCCGGUCGUCACAAAAGAAGAUAAACGUAGUGAAAGAUAAUGACAAAUAAUACUUGUGCCCAUUGAUUCAUCGUCAUUACCUGCGAUUCUGAAACCGAAAGAAGAAGAAGAAGACGACGACGAAGAAAACGCGGACAACCAACUGUCUUUGUUGAGUGCAAUACGUGUUUUGUAUCCGAAAGCCGACCAGUCACAGUGCAAGCAAACUUAUUUAUCUACAUCUGUUGUAUAAACCCCAUACAUACCAGUGCGGAUUGUGAAUUAUGAAUCGCUGAAAUAUUUUAUUUACUAAAUGCCCGUAAACAACUCGUGUGUUUAUUUUUUUCGCCGUUGGUGAAAUAAGAAAAAUAAUUUUUUAGAGAGGUACCAAGUAUCCUCCCAUCCCCCACAUCUCUUGGUGAACUGUUUCAGACAAGUGUUUCGGAAUACGAACAUGAAAUUGUUACUGAAGGUCAAUUCACAGCGAACUCGUCAGCGUCUAAAUCAAUAUGGUUCCUAUGGUUCUGCAGCAGAUUCGCCAUCGAAACCUAGCAAACGAAUAAAUCAAACAAGAAACACUUCGAGUACUUCAGUGUCACAGAAGAUUACAACAACAUCGAAAUUAUUGGUGGCUCUCAUUUCGCUGGUCCUGAUUGUAGCUGCUAUCAUAAUUUACGUGGAACUGACACGAAAACCCCCCGAACCGCUGCGGGGCCCAAUAUUUUUUAGCAACAACUACGAGCAUGACACAUUUCCGAAUCUAGGAAACGGCCACAUUGUGGUCGACCGCUUGCAGUGGGGUGCCUCGGAAUUGGCCAAUAAGCUGAAGGUGCCCUUGCCACAUCCCAUACCGUACGUGGUAAUCACCCACAUUGGAGUUCAGUCAACAUCUUGCUACACCAUUUAUAAAUGUUCCAUUAAAAUGCGCACCAUUCAAGACUCGGCCAUAGCCGAAAAAGGUCUUCCGGAUAUACAGUCUAAUUUUUACGUUGGCUCCGAUGGUUACGUCUACGUCGGUCGCGGCUGGAACUGGGCAAAUACAUAUGCCAACAGUUCAUUGGCGAUCACUUUCAUGGGCGACUACGGACGCUACGAGCCGAACGAGAAACAGGUGGAGGCUACACAGUAUUUGUUGGCCUACGGCCUGACCAAUAAAUUCAUCGAUUUGAAUUACAAGUUAGUGGCUCAAAACCAGACUAAGCAAACGAAGAGCCCCGGAGCCAAUGUUUAUCGUAUCAUAAAGAAUUGGCCGCACUUUUAUCCCUGUGGCUUGAAUGACAAUCCUCCGUGUGGCAGCGAGCUGGGUUUACCGUAUCCGUGGGAUGCCAAAAUGUGAACACACGCCAUUUGCUCUCUUCCUUACGAUUCCUCUCUAACAUUUUAUACAUUUUAUUCUCUGUGUCUCUCUCUCUCUCUUUUAUACAAAAAUAUUGUUUUAGUUUUAAGUGUUGUGAAUACAAUAAGUCUACAAAAAUAUUUUUUAUUUGUUUAUUUUUUUAAUAAACCGAACUUUUUUCAAAGAAUAUUUGAUAAGAAACA